AUGCCAGGUGACAAUUGCUGGCCAUCUCUUCACGACUGGGCACGCUUCAACACAUCUGUUGGAGGGAGAUUGGUUUCUACACAGCCGCUAGGACAGUCCUGCCAUGACCCAUUCUACUCAGCCAGCGAAUGUGACUAUCUUAAAAAGCAAUGGAAGCAUCCAGAGCUCCAUGAUGCGUCCUUUUCCUCUAUCAUGGCAGCUUCUGUGGCUAAUGAAACCUGUGAUGCAUUUACUCCUCGGUCAAAGCCCUGCACUUUUGGUGCAAUGGUGCGCUAUGCGGUCAAUGCCAGCUCCUCGGAAGACUUUAUCAAGACCAUUAGAUUCUCUCAAGAACGAAAUAUUCGUUUCGUCAUUCGAAACACAGGUCAUGAUUAUUUGGGAAAGUCAACAGGUGCAGGGGCGCUAUCUAUUUGGACCCAUCAUCUCAAAGACAUUGACUUCCUCAACUAUACCAGCCCAGACUACACCGGGCCGGCCGUGCGGAUGGCUGCAGGCGUUCAAGGCGUUGAUAUCUACGAAGCUGCCCAUGCCCGAGGGCUGGUUAUCGUAGGUGGUGAAUGUGCCACGGUAGGCCCCGUCGGGGGCUACACGCAGGGCGGAGGCCACUCUGCUCUCAGCUCUCGUUUCGGCCUUGGUGCCGACCAGGUCCUGGAAUGGGAGGUCGUUGAUGGAAUGGGACGAUUGCUGACCGCGUCUCCUACCCAGCAUCCAGAUCUGUACUGGGCGCUUUCCGGGGGUGGCGGAGGAACAUAUGGCGUCGUGUAUUCCAUGACUGUCAAGACAUUUCCCGAUUUCCCUGUCACCGGUGUCGUGCUUCAAUUUGAGAGCAAUGCCUCUUCCUCGGGUCGCUUCUUUGAAGCUAUUGGCCACUAUCAUAGUCACUUGCCCACAUAUACUGCGGCUGGUGGGAUGGCCAUUGCGCAAAUCACACACUCUUCGUUCUUCCUCACGCCACUGACCCUGCCCAUGCAUACAGCAGCAGAGGCCAAGGCUUUGAUAGCACCCUUUCUGCAAAACUUACACGAGCUGAACAUCUCCUACACUCUGAACAUAACAUAUUCGUCCUCCUAUUUCCAGCAUUAUAUGCAACUCAUUGAGCCCAACCCGACGCAGCUGGUUCAAAAUGCGCAAUAUGGCGGUCGACUCAUCCCGCUCGAAGUCAUCCAGCAUAACAACUCACAGCUCACAGAUGCUGUCCAGAGCCUGACUGCGGAUGGAGUCACAUUCGUGGGCAUCGGUCUGAAUGUCUCAUCAUCUGUGACAGGCACUAUCUGGAAUUCAGUCCUACCUGCGUGGCGUACAGCCGCAAUGAGUGUAAUCCUGUCUACAGACUGGCCUAGCGGUGCAAACCUCACCCAGAUGCAAGUCUUAGCAGAUCGAAUGACGACCAAGUGGGUGCCUAUCCUGACACAUCUGACUCCACAAUCGGGUUGCUAUAUGAGCGAGGCGGAUCCCCAACAGCCAGACUGGAAGCAGGCCUUCUUUGGCUCCAAUUAUGAUUCGCUGUAUGCAAUCAAAACCAAGUAUGAUCCAUUCGGGUCCUUUUAUGCUCCCACAGCAGUAGGCAGUGAUGACUGGCAAGUUGAGGCUGGGCGUCUUUGUCAUGUGUGA